AUGGUCGUGACCGAGGUUAUGCAACAUAUGACCAUGCCAUCUCUCGGCCUUGAUGCAGUGGAAAAAUACGCUGGUGUGAAGACAAUUGCGACAGCCUUCAGGAGUAUGGACCUCAAAGCGGCCAGCUUCGAGAUGAAUGAUGAUCCCGUGACUGAAGAUAUACAAUCGGGCCUCGGCUUUGCAUAUGGGCUGGCUCUCACGCUGCGACUGUUUCGAAAUGCUGGGUUGAAUUUCGAAGCUCCGGUAUGUUCCACGUGGGUCUGGGUGAACAGGGCGACAAGUGGACGGAGCCGAGCCUAUCCACUGGGAGACAUGACCCGCGAACAAGUCCGUGCUGCGAACAAAAUGGUGGCCCGCACAUGCAUUUAUCUGUUGGUGCUGAGCUCCCUACGAUUGCCGUGGUGCAUCGAGCAGCCUGUGUACAUGUUUAUGGGUGCCUAUGGUGGCGACAGCUUGAAGCCAACAUUUAUCUACAGCAACUACAAGUACAUAUCGGAGCUGAACAUCCCGCUGCCAGACCAUGUGUGCGAAUGGGGAUCGAUGGAGUCGAACGAGUCUAUGGUCAACCAGAUGUGUUGA